UUCGGUUUCUGUUUCUUUCCUGGGCGGGGCUGCAAUGGCGCCUAUGACGUCAUCAAGCCGGAAGUGGGUGCGGUCUCGUUUAGAAGCCACGCCCACCUCGUUAAGAUCCUGUCAAUCAGCGUGGCCAGGUGCGCUCACCUUUGCCCUCCCCCACCCUGCACCGACCCCACCUGGAGGCGCCGCCGGGCCCGGAGACCCGGCCAUGGCUCACAGCGGGCUGCAGGCCCUGGGGCUGGCUCUGGCCGUGGCCGGCUGGGCCGCGCUGGUGGCGGCGGCGGCGCUGCCGCAGUGGGAGGUGUCGUCCUACGCCGGGGACAACAUCAUCACCGCCCUGGUGACCUCCAAGGGACUGUGGAUGAGCUGCGUCAGCACCAGCACGGGACAGCGCCAGUGCAAGAGCUACGACUCCAUCCUGGCACUGCCAGGUCACCUCCAGGCCACCCGGGCCCUGCUGGUGCUCUCGGGGGUCCUGGGGCCGCUGGCCCUGGGCGCGGCCGUGGCGGGGAUGAAGUGCACGCGCUGCGGGGACGAAGACCCCCGGAGGAAAGCGAAGGUGGCAUCGGCGGGGGGGGCGCUCUUCAUCCUGGCAGGGCUGCUGGGGCUCGUCGCGUGCUCCUGGUACGGCCACAGGAUCGUCACCAACUUCUAUGACGUCACCGUCCCCGUCAACUACAAGUUCGAGUUCGGCUCCGCGCUGUUCCUGGGCUGGGCGGGUUCGGCCCUGGCUCUGCUCGGGGGGUCCCUCCUGGCCUCGUCCGGCUGCUCCUGCGGUGGGGGAGGGGCGUCCCGGGGGUACCCCCGCACCAAGACCCCCCCCCAGCGCCCCCCCAGCUCCCGCGAGUACGUCUGAGCCCCCUCCCCCACCCCCUCCGGGGUCCCCCCUUCUCUCAGGGAUUUCCCCUCCCCCAAAAUUUUAUUUCCCCCUCCCCCCACUGAAAAUUAUU